AACCCCUCACCAACACAAACAAAUCCCUUCUUCUCCGUUCCUCCAUUGAAGUACACUCCAAUCUUCCCCUCACCAUGUCGUUGGCCUCAUCGCAGCUCAGCUUUCUCUCCACCACCCUCUCCUUCUCCUCCGCCCCCACCCCUCGCCGGUCCAACAACAUCCUCCAUUCUUUCCAUCCUAUAAUCGCCUCUAAACUUCCUCCUCCCGCCGAUGAUCCUAAUGGAUUAGAGAGGGGAAAUGAGAAUCGACUAGCGAAGCUUGCGAUUGUUACUCUGGCGGCUGGGGUUUUGUCAUUGGGAUCGGUUCAUGAUGCGUCCGCCGCUAAGACCGGUGGCCGAGUCGGCGGCCAGGCGUUCCGGUCGGCGGCUCCCCGGUCUUCGUCGCCGAGAAUCAAUAACAAUUCCAGGACAAAUAUCUACAUAAACCCGAGAGUAGCGCCUCCUCUAGUAGGUGGGUAUGGUUAUGGUGUGCCAUACUAUGGAGGAGGAUGGGGAUGGUCACCAUUUUCAUUCUUUGCACCAACCCCAAGUGUAGCUGUAGGCAUUGGAGGAGGUUUUGAUGUUCUUGUGCUCUUCAUUUUUCUUGGAACUGUUGCAGCUUUUGUGAGAAGGUUCCUUGGAGGAAGAGGAGAAGAUGAUGAUGAUGAUUAUUAAUGCUGCCAAGAUCUUAUGAACUUUAGGUUUUUGGUGGGGAGAUAUACUUUUUGUUGUUAAAAAUUGUCACAUAAUGUAUUUUUAUGUGGACAAACUUUUUGUAUUCACAAAGCAUAAUGUAUAAAAUGUAUAGNUUUUU